CUGUGGCCGCCAACGCACGUCCCGUGGCCACCUCUCUGCCGGCUACGCAGCUAGCCACCCAGGAGCGCCCCGCCAAACGCAGGCGUUUGAACUUCGCGGGCAACGCGAGCGCGGGUCCAUCGAACGGUGCAGCGUCCGCCGCCUCGACGCCGGGCCCGAGCGCCGCGGUCUCCGAAGAGGAGACCCAACGGAACAUGGUGCUCGUCGGGCCCACGGCGACGACUUUCACCUGCAACAUUGGCGUAUGCAGAGCCCAGGUGGCCCCAACAAACGAGGCGCUCCGGGAGCACCUUGAGGCGGUCCAUCCGGACCCCUGCGGAAACAUCCUGGACCGCAGUGGGCCCGGUUUCUGCCCGUGGAACGGGUGCGGGGGCAUCCAGAUCAGGUCCGCAAAGGAGCGGAAUAAGAGCGGGGCGCGGACGAUGAAGAUUCGACAUAUCCUGGGGCUGCACGGGGCCCUGCGAGCCGACUAUCGCUGUCUCGUGUGCGGCAAGGAGAGUCGGUUGGAAACAAAAAAGGGCAUGGAGAAGCACGUGAGGGCGUGCCUCAAAAAAUCACGCCGGGUAGCGCAUACGGCCGGCGCUGACAACACUCGCUUCACAGCGACCACUGCCGCCACGACCCCCGCAGAGCUUCUCGAGUCGGAUGAUAUGAACACACCAGGUUUGACAACUGGUGUAUCGACCGAUGACAGCUACAGUCCAGUGUCACCGCAAGACGUCGCCACGAUUCGGAUCCCGCGCAAGAGGGCACGCAGUCCAGCCGUAGCCCCGACGGCUGCUGGCGUCAACGGAUACCACGGGGACUUCAUCUCCUACCCGCCCACUGGCGCAAGGACGGAUUACACACCGUUCGAAGGCGACGCUGCGCCUGCAGUCAGUGAAGACCCGCCGGCAGCCUGGCAGCUUCAGGCUGCCUACGGGGUCCCCGACUACGCGCCCUUCCCCGACACCAGCCCCGCGUCGCCCGUCGUCCAACCCGCUGCCCAGGAUAUCGCCUCCAUCACUCAUCCAUUCCCGAGCUUGCCCGCGAACGACGCGGUACUGUCGUUCGACGAGGAUUUCCCGCCCCCGCCGGACGUCGACCCCGCGGAGGUCACCGCCGCGUUCGACGCGUACAUCCGCGAGCAGGCGGGCCUUGACGGCGUCUUCCCACAGGACGGCCGCGACCUCCGAGUCGGCGGCGCCGGGUUCGCUGGGUCGUCCAGCCCCUCGUACAUUGACAGCUGCGAUUCCGCGUGGACAGCGGCCGACUUCGAGGCGCUCGUGCUGCCGACGACUCAGAGCGCGCGGGCCCUCGAGGCGGAGAAGGAGGAGCAUGUCGUGCCAGUGCCUGACGAUGCGGCCAGCCCUGACUCGGAGGACGAGCCGGAGCUCUCGGUCGCGGAUGCCGCUGCGCUCUUUUUUAAGGAGCUUUGGGGGCAGGACGCACCGACGCUGCCUGAAUUUGAGCCCUGGGACGCGGUCGUGCGAUGCCAGUUGGGGUUGUGAUGACGCCUGGUUCGGAUCCCCUGCGUGAGUCGACAAGGCGGCUGCGGUGGUCUCCUGUGGUGUUUUGGAUCUCCCUGGUGCGCUUGAUCUGCGCGCGUGUAUCUUUUUAUUUGUUAUUUGUGUUCGCUUUCGUGCUGGUUUGUGUUCGUUUUCGUGCUUAUUCCUGCUCGCUCUCGUGCUUACCUGCGGCGUCUACUCCGCACUGUUGUUCAGCAUUGCUAUUCUCUCGCGCCGUCUGCGCACUUAUACCCUUGCUCCACGAUACCCUCACGCUCUUGAUACCCGCAUUCUAGAUACCCACGCCUUCUUGAUACCCUCACACUUGAUACCCCUCUAC